CAUAAUAACGACCAUCUGCUUUGAUUUCAACAGCCCCUUGUCGUCUAAGGACGCUCUCCCCCAACUCUGUCUCGUCGCUUUGGCGUCGACCCCUCUCCGCUCUUUUUUGUCCCUCCCCACCGUCUCACACGACACUCUAGGCCGUCAAGAUGUUGUACUUGACGUCCGAUAACUUUCCAAUAUUCCUACCAUUUGGAGUUAUCGGAUUUUACCGUUACUUAUGGUACCUCAUUCGUGUUACAGCCUCGUUUACUUAUCGCCCAGUCCCACUACCGGAAAAUCCCACUUACAUCGCAUCAGAAGAUGUCACCAUCAUUGUCCCUACCAUCGACGCAGGAGAAGAAUUCAAGGAGGCAGCGCACAGCUGGCUCGUCGGAAAGCCGAAGGAAAUUCUUAUCAUCACCGAGGAGAAAAUGCUUGGGCCUCUUCAAGAGCUUGCCAAUGCCGUAGACCCAGAGCGCAUCCGCGUCCUCACCGUUCCAUUCGCGAACAAGAGGCUGCAGAUGUCUCAUGGCAUCAAGAAUACAUCAACUGAUAUUAUUUUUUUUGCUGAUGAUGAUGCCAUCUGGCCGCCAACUCUGCUUCCAUAUGUCCUCGCUUGCUUUGAAGACCAGAAGGUCGGAGGUGUAGGAACCUCUCAGCGUGUCCAACCCUGUGGUAAACGCAUGACCGUCUGGGAGGUCUUGGCCGCUUUCCGUCUCACAAUUCGAAAUAUCGAAAUAUCUUCAUCUACGCAUAUAGAUGGAGGUAUUCCGUGUUUGUCCGGUCGCACUGCCGCCUACCGUACAGUUAUCCUUAAGGAUCCUGAGUUUUUACACGGCUUCACUCACGACUACUGGCUCGGCAAAUACCAUUUGAAUUCUGGUGAUGACAAAUUCUUGACGAGGUGGAUGGUUAGCCACGGUUGGAGUACUUACGUCCAAUGUUGCAAGGAAGCCGAACUACUCAGUACGAUGAAGCCUGAUUGGCGGUUCCUGAAGCAAGUGCUACGGUGGACGAGAAAUACGUGGCGGUCUGAUCUUCGCUCACUUUUCAUGGAAAGGCACAUCUGGACAACGCAUCCAUACGUUGCCUACACCAUGGUGGACAAGCUCUUUAACCCCUUUACGCUUCUUGUCGGUCCUUGUCUUGUGGCAAUCUUGAUAUCCAAGAGUACUAUUCCGAUAUUGGAAGGCGGCUAUCAUUUACCAUGGUGGAAUAUCGUAUGCAGUUACAUCGUAUGGUUGAUGGCAACACGUACGGCAAAGCUGCUACCUCAUCUAUGGUACCAACCAGAGCACAUUAUAUAUGUGCCUGCUUUCAUCGCGUUCGGUUACUACUUCGCGAUCAUGAAGGUUUAUGCUCUAUUAACAUUACACGAGACUGGGUGGGGCACUCGUGCGGGAAUUGGCGAUCCCACUGCUGCUACCAACGCUGCCAGCGCGUCUGACGAGAAACCCUAUCUCGACAGUCCACAACCGCAGCAAUAUCAACAGCCUCCGAUCGAGAUGCAGGUGUACACGAACUGAAAAGUACCUGCACCAUCAGCAACAAUAGAAAUGCCCACGACGUGCCCUCACCUACUACUCCAUCCCAUAAUUCACACGCACCAGUCUUGCAUAAAGUAUUUACAAGCAAUAUAAGUCCAUCUCCCUGCACAAUCUCCGUCUGCUACGAUCUACCUACUUCUCGCUGAAGUAUACCUGCUGCUCUCGUGCCUCCGUCGUCAUUGCCAGGAGUUUAGCCUCACUUUAUCGUCUACGGUCUCCUCCAGAGAAGAAGUCUAUCGACCUUUUAUCUUGAUGCGAACCGUCGCUUUCUCUGUGCUGCCUACACUUUUGUUUCGUCUUACAUUCUCGUACGGGACUUUUUUUUUUCUUCCUCUUUGGUCUACUGCGACUUUUUGUCUUCAUACUCGAUGCUUUUGCGUUAUCCUUUUCUUUAUCUUACACGGACUUUUUUUGUCUACUCGCAACAUGUCCCAGGGCUCGCUUUUUUAUCUGUGCUCGUGGUGUUGACUACGUGCGGGGAUUUCUUGGAGUGCCUAGCAUUUGCAUAAUUGUCGACGGAGCGGGGGUGCACUUGUAUAUUUUUGCUUGACAUGCCAUCUGCAUUUGCAUUACCGUAUUUCCUCGUGCCCCAGCUUCAGGAACUCGACAAUUUCUUUUAUCCUCGAUAGGAGAGGUGACGAUGAAAAUACAAUGGCGGUCUAUGCUU